AAGAGAGAGAGAGAGAUGUCUGGGCUGGUGUCGUACGAGACAGAAGUGAAAGCGGGAGCAGCCAAAGUAUGGGAGCUGUAUGGCACCACCAAGAUGGCCCUGCUGGCCAAGGAGGCCCUCCCAGACACCAUCAUCGGACUUGACAUCCUGGAAGGCCAGGGCGCCGUCGGCACCAUCAUCAAGAUCACUUUGGCUGGAGGUUUCUCUUACAAAGAGAAGUUCACCAAGGUGGACCACGAAAACCGUGUGAAAGAAACUGAGGCAAUCGAAGGUGGGUUCCUAGAUAUGGGACUCUCCUUGUAUCGAUUGCGAUUAGAAGUGAUAGGCAAGGACGAGGAAGAGUCGUGCAUGAUCAAGUCCACCAUUGAGUAUGAAGUUACUGAUGGGGCUUCCUUUGAUGUCUCCCUCGUCUCAGUGAAGGUGUUUGCGGAUAUCGCUGAAAUUGUUAAGAAGCGACUCACCACCUCGUCCGGCGCCACCUCGUCCGGCACCAAUUAA